CGGAUGGAGCAGAGUUUAGAGGGGGAAUUUCGUGUAAUUAGCCUAACGAUAACAAUAACAGCGACGUUGCGUUUGUUCUGUGAUAAUUUGUUUUUCACCUUUUUAUUCUCAUCAUCGUCAUCUCUCUAUUGAACGCGCGAAGCGAAGACUUCUAUUAUUUUCAGUCGUCCCUUUAAUUUACACGUAGAUUUGCUUGCACCUGAAGGCGCGGAGGGGAUCGUCGAAGACGGCGAGGCAAAUUCCAGACUUCCAGUCGUCGUCGGCGUUCAAUUACCGUGGAGCAUGGGGAAAACUUCAUGGUUAUUAAUAGCUACCUGUUUAUGUCUGCUUGCCCUCUCGAAUGGAAGAGAACUCAAGGCUAAGCAGAAAAGUCAUCAUGCUUUCUACAACCAUACACUAGCCACAAUAUUAGUGGAAUAUGCUUCUGCGGUAUACGUGUCAGAUUUGACAGAACUUUUUACUUGGACCUGCUCCAGAUGUAAUGGUUUAACCAAGGGAUUUGAAAUUAUGGAGUUGGUUGUCGACGUUCAGCAUUGCUUACAGGGGUUUGUUGGAGUGGCAAAGGAUCCUAAGGCCAUAAUCAUUGCAUUCAGAGGAACUCAGGAACGCAGCAUUCGGAACUGGAUUGAAGACUUAUUUUGGAAGCAGCUUGAUAUAAAUUAUCCAGGCAUGCCUGAUGCAAUGGUACACUAUGGAUUUUAUUAUGCAUACCAUAAUACAACUUUGCGUCCAGCAAUUUUAGAUGCUGUUAGAAGAGCAAAGAAAUUUUAUGGAGAUAUUCAGAUUAUUGUGACAGGGCAUUCAAUGGGAGGGGCGAUGGCAGCGUUUUGUGGGCUUGAUUUAAUGGUCAAUGAAAAUGCGCAGGAUGUUCAGGUUAUGACAUUUGGACAACCUCGUGUUGGCAAUGCUCCUUUUGCAUCUUAUUAUAGCCAACUUGUGCCAAAGACAAUCCGAGUCACAAAUGAGCAUGAUAUUGUUCCUCAUUUGCCUCCAUAUUAUUCUUAUUUCCCUCACAAGACAUACCACCACUUCCCAAGAGAGGUAUGGCUUUAUAGUAUGAGAUUUGGAAGUCUUGUUUAUAAAGCUGAGAGAAUUUGUGAUAGAUCUGGUGAAGAUCCAUCUUGUAGCAUGUCAGUGAGUGGGAAUAGUAUCUCAGACCACUUAAUCUAUUUUGGCGUUACAAUGCACUCAGAGACACCAGCAUGCAGAUUUAUGAUGGAUCCUCAUGUUCUGGGUUAUAGUGAGAGAGAUCAAGAUGGAGACUUAAUAUUUUCCAGGGAACUUGCAGCUUCCCCUCUUGAAUUGAGUUCCAAGGUUGAAAUCCAUGGAAAGCGUGUUAGCGUUGAUUGAAUCUACAUAUGAUGUACAUAGCAAGGUUUGUGCAAGAGAUCUGCUGAGGAGGUAACAUACUUGUGAAUGAUUUAUUUAUGCUUUCUUUAGGAUCCUGACAGAUGAAUGGGUCAUAAAGCGGAUGAAUUUUGUACAGAUCUGUCAGAACUUAAAGGAGCUUGUGUAAAUAGUAAAAGCGAACAAAUUCUGUAUAUUCUCGUCUUUGUAAAUAUGUCAGGGACUACAUUUUUAGGCGAAA